AUGACCUGGGAAGGUCACGAUUUAGGGAAAGAUAAGAGGAGCCGGUUCCAUCUCACUUCUCUGAUCUGUGUCUUCCCCCGGCCUCUGCAGGCUUCUGAGUUUGAGACCCCACCAGAUAUGACUGAUGUUUGUCCCCAUGGAACUAGUGCAUGUGCGGUCUUUUACUCCGAGGUCGGCGCAGAUAAAUCCCUGCAGGAGCGGUCCCAUCGUGUACCCCUCAGCCAGGACACCCCCACCAUGGGACAACCUGAUCAUCAGACAAUUUUUGAAGAAGUGAUCGGAAAUUUGAAACCAGGCACUGAAUAUCGAGUGAGCAUAGCAGCUUACAGCCAGACGGGCAAAGGGCGGCUCAGCUCUGCUCGGCAUGUUACCACUUUGUCCCAAGAUUCCUGCCUGCCCCCAGUGGCACCCCAGCAGCCACAUGUCAUCGUGGUUUCUGAUUCUGAGGUGGCCCUAUCCUGGAAACCUGGGGCGAGCGAAGGGAGCUCCCCUAUUCUGUACUAUUCUGUGGAAUUCAUCAGGCCAGAUUUCGACAAGCGUUGGACCUUAAUCCAAGAGCAGAUCCAGAUGGACUCCAUGGUUAUCAAGGGCCUCCAUCCAGACACCAACUACCAGUUUGCCGUGAGGGCAAUGAAUUCCCAUGGCCCCAGCCCCCGCAGCUGGCCCAGCGACACCAUCCGCACCCUCUGUGCUGAAGAAGCAGGAAGUGGCCGCUAUGGACCCCACUACAUCACCGACACGGGGGUCGGUGAGGAUGAUGAUGGAUUUGAAGAUGACUUAGAUUUGGAUAUUUCCUUUGAGGAGGUUAAACCACUUCCUGCUACCAAAGGAGGGAAUAAAAAACUUUUGGUGGAAACCAAGAUGACGUCUCUAUCUCACCCAAAGACCCUUUCCAGGCUUGUCCCCCCAACCUCAGCAUCUCCCCCCAUGACUACGGUGGCUCCCCAGCCCACUCCUGUACAGAGGAAGGGGAAGGAUGGUGUGGCCAUGAUGUCAAGGCUCUUUGACAUGUCUUGUGAUGAAACCCUCUGCUCUGCUGACAGCUUUUGUGCCAAUGACUACACCUGGGGGGGCUCGCGAUGCCAUUGCAACCUGGGCAAAGGUGGCGAGAGCUGCUCGGAAGGUAGGCCCUCAGGGGAGGGGAAGAGCAUGGUGGGGGGCUGGCGCCCUGGGAGCCAGAGGGCCGUUUUGUGGUCCAAACAUGGUUCUUUCUAG